AAUGUCAAAGUCGAACGCAAAAUACAAAAGUUACGUCAAACAAAAUCCAAUGAUCCAAUGAUGUGAGAACACAAGAAACAGAAGUUCAUUAUCAUAUAUACAACAAUGAAAUAAUAGAUAAUUCCUUAAAGAAAAAUACCUACAAUAUGGAAAGCGUUAAGAAUUUCUCGGUGUCUUUAAUUAAAGGUUUUAUAGAUAGCCUAAGAGGCGUGACAGUCCUGUUAUACUUGGAUAAGGAGAUCAACGAGAAGGCCUUGAGUCGGUCGCCCCACAAAGAUGCAGAGGGUAAACAAAAACAGAAAGCCCCCAAAGUUCAGCACUGGCUAACAAUAAUCUUCAAGUGGUUUGCUAGUAGAGGUGUUACGGAGGUGAAGAAGUGUGUAUCAAAACCGGAUUCAGAACCAGAUUCAGAACCGGAAUUAGAUUUGAUUUAUGGGAAUUGGAAACGGAGGGAAUCAAAAGUACUUACUAGGGUAUUGCAAUCAUGCAUAUUAAACGGCUUUAUAUUCUUACUCAGUAUAUUAGUGUUUGAAUACGUGUUGCUACCUUCAAUGAAGUACUUAGUAACGGUUGUGUUUGGUCACAAUCCUGGCGUGGCGCACAAUGUGUGGGGCUGGAUGCAGCCGUUCCUGUCCAUGACUUUCCGGAUGAUAUGGGUGCUACCAUUGUUCCUAUUGAGCAAGCUGGUUAAUAGCUUGUGGUUUCAGGACAUAGCUGACUCGGCCUACAGACACCGGCGCGGGCGGCCGCAGUUCAUGUCGAGCGUCAGCAAGAUCAUUGCCGACUCCUUGUUCAGCAUACUGGGGCAAGCUUUAUUUCUAGUUCAGGUAUGUUAUACUGCAUACAGGAAACUUGUACAGGACAUAGCUGACUCGGCCUACAGACACCGGCGCGGGCGGCCGCAGUUCAUGUCGAGCGUCAGCAAGAUCAUUGCCGACUCCUUGUUCAGCAUACUGGUGCAAGCUUUAUUUCUAGUUCAGAGUAUGCUAGUCAGUAUGCUACCCAUCACAUACAUCGGGGAGCUCCUAUGCCUCGUUCACAUGUGCCUGCUGUACUCGCUGUACUCGUUCGAGUACAAGUGGUUCAACAUGGGCUGGGAGCUCCACAAGCGGCUCACAUUCAUCGAGACCAACUGGCCGUACUUCCUCGGGUUCGGCCUGCCGCUGGCGGUGCUCACGCAGAUACCUCAGUCUUACAUCAUAAGUGGAUGUGUGUUCUCUAUUUUCUUCCCGGUGUUCAUACUGAGCGGUAAUGAAGCGACACCUGUUAUUGGAAGUGAGUACCCCCUCCGUCUGUUUUCGCCAGUGGUGGCGAUUUCCAACGGAAUGUUCCGUUUCGUGCGGCAAGGAGCGGAGGCCGUUACCCAGCGGAGUAGGUGAUCUUUAACCAUUUAGGGUUAACCUUUUGACCGAUGUCGUUUGUAAGCAGUGUUGUGGGAAGGGUAAAGCAUAGCAAAGAUUCAUUGGUUGUGUAAAAUCUAAGAUAAUUUCCUGCUUCGAAGUUGACAGCUAACGUAGCGCUGCACGGCUCCGUAUAUUAUGCGGUAACGGGUCUCUCACGCUAUCCCUAAUAACUUUUGUCCUAAAAUCGCUUGCCCUAACCGUUUUGUCCCAACGGGUAGGUAAUAG